CGUAUGUUAUACAUAUGAAGUUAAUAUAAGACACUGCAAAUACACUUUCGAAGCCAAAAGAAAUUAGAGUUAUCAAAACAUGGCAAACCACAUGAUCUCAAAAUGUUUUAAUAUCUUUGUCAUCCUAGCAAUCAUUGCCGCAUUGCAAUAUUCAAGAGUGGAAGCAGGCAUAUGCUCAGAAGUUUUUCAGAGAUGUGAUGAUAUGGAUUGUCCUUCACACUGUAAAUCAACAUACGGCAGUCGUAGUUUAGGGCAUACAUGUGAUCUGUUCUACCUCUGCACUUGUUCUUUCAAUCAAGAUCCUUCUUCACCCAAUUUGUGUCACAUUGGGGAUGGAACAUGCUUUACUGGUGAAUGUGAUGCAGCUUGCUGUAAUGCAAAGUGUGCUGGCAGUUUGAAGCAAGGUUCUGGGAUUUGUAUUCCAAACCAACAUACCAAGGAUAGAUGCGUUUGUACUUAUAGAAGCUAGAUUACUCAGAUUGUAGUUAAAUAAUACUAUGAAUCAAAAUAUUUUCUUUUGGAAAAUUUUCAUUUCAA